UUAUCCUCUUCGUCUUUGUCGUCCUCGUUCGAGACCUCCUCCAAAAUUUCCCCAAAACCUUCCUAGCCCUAGCAAACUUUGGAGAAGGGAGUGAAUUGAGGCUGGAAGUCCGAGACAAACACCUUGAAGACCUGGAAUUUCUCGCGAGGACUCGGUCUCCACGCCACCAGAGAGAAGCGGUGACUAAGCCGGAGGAGAGGAAUGUCGUCAACGCUACUUGAGGUAACCCGCGCGUCACACGAGGAGAUAGAGCGGCUCGAGCGGGUCAUCGUUAAGGAUCUCCAGACCGAGCCGGCCACCAAUAAGGACCGCCUCUACCAGAGCCACCGCGUUCGCAACGUUAUUGAGAGAAUCAUUGACACCACGCACAGACUUAUACGCGAAUACCAUAGACGGAAUCUUGGUGCACGUGUUCUUGACACCAGUGAUGAGUAUGAACAACUUCUCAAGCAUGAACAACCAAUUACGUUUAGUGGGGAAUUACGAACUUUGAGAGGUGGCCACCAAUCACGAGUAGGAGCCCUCGAUUGGAACAAUCAUAUACUGACAACAGGUGGGAUGGAUGGCAUGAUUUUCAACAAUGACGUCCGGGUGAGAUCACGUAUUGCGGAAACCUACAAAGGACAUAGUCAAGAAGUGUGCGGCCUAAAAUGGUCUGCUUCGGGCCAGCAGUUGGCAAGCGGAGGAAACAAUAACCUUCUCUAUAUAUGGGACAGAUCAUCGACUGCUGUUUCUUCUUCCAACUCCACCUCCUCAACCACACAAUGGCUUCACAGGUUCGAGGAACACACAGCUGCAGUUAAGGCCCUUGCCUGGUGUCCAUUUCAGGGGAACCUUUUGGCCUCAGGCGGAGGUGGAGGAGACCGGUGCAUUAAGUUCUGGAAUACUCAUACCGGUUCAUGUGUGAACUCAGUUGAUACAGGGUCUCAGGUGUGCGCAUUGCUGUGGAACAAGAGUGAGCGCGAGUUGCUUAGCUCUAAUGGGUUUACUAAGAAUCAGCUCACGCUCUGGAAAUACCCAUCAAUGGUUAAAAUGGCAGAGCUUGCGGGAUAUACCUCUCGAGUUCUUUUUAUGGCUCAGAGCCCAGAUGGUUGCACUGUUGCAUCUGCUGCAGGUGAUGAAACACUAAGAUUCUGGAAUGUUUUUGGAACUCCUGAAGUCAAAAAACAGGUUCUCAAGUCUAACCCGGAGCCGUUCGCUCAUGUUAACCGAAUCCGUUGAUGCCUGAUUUACUAUAUGCUUGAUGUAAUCUCGGUGCUAUUGGAGGCUUUCAAGACAAGGGGUUCAAGCAUUUGUUUGGCACUACUCAAAAGUGAAAGUUGAAUGGGAAGGGGAGGGGAUGGAAUGCUUAGGAUAUUGAUCUAUCUCUGAUGAGGUAAAUCAACCAUUUAUUUCCAACAAAACUUGGGAUACAUUGAGGUUUUUACAGUUUGAGGCAUUGAAGAAUUGAAUGCAACUUGGCGUGGUGUUACGGAAUUAACCACCGUUGAAGCAGCCAUGGCGAUUUGGUUUCUUUCAUUGCCUCAAACGCCUAAAUUUCGUGCUGGUGUGAGUAAAUAUUGCAAUUUAAGAAACCAAUGUAAUAUGGCGCGGUAAUACGCAAUUAAGCACCAUUGUAGACUCCAUUGCGAUUUGGUUUCUUAAAUUGCCUGAAAUGUAGCCAUUCACGUGGGUCUGUGUAUGAGUUUAUGGCUGUGAUGAUUUUGAAGAAACGAAAUCUGUUUAUGAGAUCUUUAGUCUCUUUAAGUUUGAGGCAUCGUUUUGACAGUUUGAGGCAUUGAAGAAUUGAAUGCAACUUGGCGUGGCGUUACGGAAUUAACCACCGUUGAAGCAGCCAUGGCGAUUUUGUUUCUUUAAUUCCCACAAACGCCUAAAUUUCGUGCUAGUGUUUUUACAGUUUGAGGCAUUGAAGAAUUGAAUGCAACUUGGCGUGGCGUUACGGAAUUAACCACCGUUGAAGCAGCCAUGGCGAUUUGGUUUCUUUAAUUGCCACAAAGGCCUAAAUUUUGGCUGGUGUGAGUAAAUAUUGUUUUUACAGUUUGAGGCAUUGAAGAAUUGAAUGCAACUUGGCGUGGCGUUACGGAAUUAACCACCGUUGAAGCAGCCAUGGCGAUUUGGUUUCUUUCAUUGCCUCAAACGCCUAAAUUUUGUGCUGGUUUUUACAGUUUGAGGCAUUGAAGAAUUGAAUGCAACUUGGCGUGGCGUUACGGAAUUAACCACCGUUGAAGCAGCCAUGGCGAUUUGGUUUCUUUCAUUUCCUCAAACGCCUAAAUUUUGUGCUGGUGUGAGUAAAUAUUUUAUGGCAUAUGAUGAUUUUGAAGUAAUGAAAUAUGUUUCUCUGAUUUUCAGGCUUUGUUCAUUUCAGGCAAUUUAAGAAACUAAUGUAAUAUGG